CGUAUUAAAUGCAUUAAAUUCAUGAUGUGAUCAUGAAAAUAAUUUAUUUUACUUUUCAAAACUGAUAUUUUUUGUACCAAAUUAUUAAAUACAUCACGCUUAUUCAUUACAUUACCUGAAUACACAAAAAACUUCUUAAAUGCCAACAACAACUAAAACAAUAAAGCAUGGGAUGUAUGGAGUUCUAGCAGUAACUCUUUUAUUCAUAACUACUGUCUCAUCACAAAAUGACACAACAUUCAACAGAGAUGACUGGGACUUUCCAACGUCUGGUGGCAGAAAAGUUAUAAUUCCACCGCUUAUAACGUUAGAACCAACUGAAUUUUCAACAAAAGCUAAUGAGAAAACAAUUGCAUUCAGGGUGGGCGAAAGUUUUAAACUGCCAUGUGCUGCCAGCGGUCAGCCAGCACCCACUUAUUCGUGGAUUUGGAAUGAAAGGGUUUUUGACCCAAGUGGUAUGGACGGGAGGAUAGCCAUUCAACCUGGAGUAGGCACCCUCAUCUUUGCCGAGCCCGAACCUCUUGACGAGGCCAUCUAUCAGUGCCAGGCCAAGAACCAGGCAGGUACUGCAGUCUCUAUCAAAAUCAACGUCAGAAAAGCAAUGUUGGAUCCAUUUCCGAACAAUCCAAUUAAAACACUGACGCCAAAAUUAGGCGAGAGUUUGAAGUUGUCUUGCGUACCUCCUCGCAGCUACCCCAACCCUGAGGUCUACUGGAUUGUUGCUUCCACCUCCGAUUUCACGCCAUUGGAGAUGAACAAUAGGGUUUCUAUUGAUCCAAUUGGAAAUUUAAUAAUAGCCAACGUAGAGGCAAGUGAUUACAAAGCUGGUGCUGUGUAUUACUGUGUAGCUAACAACGAAAUCAUGAGAACUUUUCAGAAGGGCUACCCGUACAAAAUUGAACCAAUUAGAGAAGGUCAAUCAAUCACUACUGCCCCCUCCAUAGCAUGGCAGUCACCAACACAACAGUUUGCACUCAGAGGAGAAACUCUCACUAUGAAGUGCAUUUUCUAUGGAAACCCAACACCUCGAGUCAAUUGGUAUCGAGUGAAACCGGCCGACAAACCCAUGCCAGUGAACACAACGAGGACAAGUUUUGGCCAAGAGUUGAACAUUAUAAACAUUCAGUACGAUGAUGAAGGUGCAUACGAAUGCGAAGGUAUCAAUGACGGUGGCCUCACCCCUGUCAGGAGGUCGUUCACGGUCAAUGUACAAUCCGCACCAGAAUGGGUUGAGAAACCGGUGUCCCAAGACGUUAGUGAAGGUGAUUCGGCUGUUUUCAGAUGUUCAGGAGAGGGCAUCCCUGAACCUGACGUCUUAUGGUACUUCAACGGCGUACCAGUUACAAACCUGACGAAACCGCCAAAUCAGAAGUACACAAUAAAACGCAAUGAGAUCGUCUUCGUGAACGUCACCAUAAAAGAUGCUCUGGUCAUCCAGUGCAAUAUCUCCAACAAGCACGGCUACAACUUCAUUAACACCUAUCUCAAUGUUCUUACUGAGCCACCGAUAAUAGUGGAGAAGCCAGAACUGGAUCGGAAAGCAGCAGAGGGCCAGUCAAUUACUUUGACGUGCACAGUGAAAGGGGCUCCGAAGCCACAAGUGGUCUGGACCAAAUCAGGGGAACAGUUGACCGGUGGUAGGUUUUCCGUCCAACCUAAUGGUCAUCUCAAAAUAACGGAUUUAUCAUUGGUCGACGCAGGUGCUUACACGUGCAGAGCUUUCAACAAGUUGGGCGUUGAUGAAGCAACUGGUUUCCUCAUUGUCAGACGUCGAACGAGAAUAGUGAGUCCUCCAUUGAGCAUGAUGAUGUACUACAAGAAAGAAGUCAAAUUCUCAUGCACCGCCACCACAGACCCUGAAGAAAUCGACAACCUCAAAAUUGAUUGGUUGAAAGACGGCAAUCUCAUCGAUUACGUCAAAUCGAUGAGAAUGUUCCAGAACUUGAUGGAUAACUCGUUGACCAUCUCUUCGACCAUCUAUCUUGACACUGGGAAGUACACCUGCUCUGCCAGCAAUGGAAUUGAUUCCGCUGAAGAAAGUGCAAACUUAAUCGUUCAAGCCCCGCCCGAACCACCGACCGACGUGCAGGUAAGAUGUUUCUCUCAGAACAACCAAGCAGAAAUUUGGUGGUCUCCAGGGAAGGAGAACUUUGCCCCAAUCCUCAACUUCAUCGUCCAGUACAACACAUCUUUUCAGAAGGACUUAUGGUACGACAUUGCAACGAAUCUCUCACAAAAUCAACGUCGAAUCGUCGUCACCAUGUCGCCUUGGGGCAACUACAGCUUCAGAGUUCUUGCUCGCAACAAGAUCGGUACCAGUUUACCGAGUUUGCAGUCGUACAACAUUUGCAUGACACAGCCCGGCAACCCAUCUCACAACCCUGAAAAUGUCAUUGGGGAGGGAGACGAACCUGGAAAUCUCGUCAUUUUCUGGACUCCGAUGCCAAAAAUAGAACAGAACGGACCAGAUUUCAAGUACAUAGUAAGUUGGUACUUAGCGGAUGUGCCCGUUCCGAAGAUGAACUCCGAGGUGGUUGGCACCCAAGAUGCCUGGCACUACAUUGUCAAGGACAGGUAUGAGCCGUAUCAAAAAUUCAUGGUGUCAGUGAAGGCCAACAACGCCAAAGGAGAUGGUCUGGGUAAUUUGGUUUGGUAUGUCGGCUACUCUGGAGAAAAUUUGCCCAAAGUAACACCCACCGAUGUGAAGGUGCUGGAUGAAACUCUCACCUCAACGACCGUCAAUCUGACUUGGACUCAUGUUGACACAUCUCCCAGCAGCAUUGUCGGAUUUUUUAGGGGCUAUCGGGUGGAGUACGCGGCAGCCACUGAUUACCCAUACAACGUACGCUUUCAAGACUUCAUCAUGAAAGAGGCAGUUUUCUACCCACGCAAGAGAAUAAUGAAGAGGCAGGCCUCGCCACCUCCGGCCGACAACAGGACCGCAAAUUUUCAACUGACUCGAUUGCCUCCGAACACGGAUGUGGUGGUUGUUGUGAGAGUUCUGAAUAAAUAUUUUGCCGGCCCCGCCAGCGCCAAGAUCCAAUUCACAACUCCAGUGGGAUUACCCGGCCCUCCCGAAACUCUCUCAAUAUUGGUCCAGGGAGCCACUCACUUCGUCAUUUCCUGGUCACCGCCCAGAGAGACAAAUGGCGAUCUAAUUGGAUACAACAUUACCUAUCAAGCCAUUACCGGAAUGAACAUGGGCCGACUGCAGUACUACAGCUCCUACAUAGCUCCCGACAGAACCGACGCCAGAGCUACCGGAUUGAAUCCGAACACGACCUACAGGAUUUUUGUGGCAGCCUCAACACUGGCCGGCAAGGGAGAAUCCAUCUUUGUGGACUCUGUUACUUCGGAGUCCGGAUACCCAAACGCUCCUACAUUUACGAUUUUUGAGAUGAACGAGACCUUCGCCAACAUAUCUUGGACCCCUUCACGAACUGGCAUACCGGGCAGUGUAUUCUACGUCCAGUACAAGCCGAGAGAUCAUUAUGAUUGGCUCAGAUCGCCAGAUGAGUACAUGGUGAACCACAUGGCUCUUGUUAGUUUGGACCCGGGUACUACGUACCAGGUCAGGGUAGUUGCUAAAAAUGGAGAUGGGUUUGAAGCACCAUCGGUUUGGCAGGAGUUUCUCACGCCUGGUGUUGCGCCCGGCUUAUUUGACUUGAAAGUGUCUGGAUGGUUCUAUGGGAUCUGGAUUUCGUUGUUCCUCAUUAUUGUUCUUGUCAUCUGUAUGUUCUUCCUUAAGAAAUAUACUGACAGAAAGUGGGAAGAAAAAGAAAGUGAAAUUGAAGAAGAGAUGAGACGCUUGCAAGCUGAAGAAGCCGCCAGACAAAUGGGAUUGUUCAACACGGAUAACAAUGACAAUCCGGACGGGUUUUUGGACAGCGAACAAAAAGUGCCACUGAAAGAUGAUUCCUUCUACCAGUCGAGACCGAUGCAGUACGAACCAGGUCCAUCUUACAGCAGCCAGCCACAAUACAGCAGCCAGCCGCAAUACAGCGACUUUGCGGGCGGCUACAAAGUUAAGCCCGCUAACAUUGACAGCGACACCAUUGUUUAAACUUAAAAUAUGACAUAUUUUUAAUGUUUUUUCUCAUGUUUUUAUUUUAAAUUUAUGAAUAACUGAAUUUCUAUAGUUUGCCACAGGAUGUUUGUUUGUUUGUUAUAUUUUUAAAUGAUUUAAUAAUAUGGGUGAAUAUAGGACGGUUGCCAUAACUGAAUUCGAUGUCGAACACGCUGACCGGCUGCUUGCACAUAUUUUAUUAUAUAUGCCUACUGGUGUAAUAGAAAUGCUUGUUUUAGUCCUGG